AUGCCCACGGCUGCUACUGGAUGUAAAACCCAAAUGCCAGUCUCCCCGGAACAAAACCCACCAACCCACGAUAUAACGCCCACCGCACCUUUGCUUUGCAAGUUGCUGAUCAACUCCAAUUACGAUGUCCAUUUGCAAUACAAAUACUUGACUCUCUAUCGAGAACACGUCAUUCCGGCCCUUGGCCCCUACCCAGAGCAAUCGGAAUGCGGUAUCACCGCUACCAAGUGGAAGAGCGGGAUGAACCGUGCUGGCCUUCCGGUUGAAUUCAAUUACAACUUUUCCCAAGCCGUGGUCAGGGUCGGGGUCGAGCCAGUCGGCCCUUUCGCUGGGACAGACCAAAACAGUUUCAAUGCCUCUGCCAUACAUGACUACUUGCACAACCUAAAUCGAGCGCUGCCAGGAUUAGACCUUCGCAGAUUUUUUCAUCUCGCCGAGGAUCUCCUGGCUACUGAGGAGGAAGUGAGAACCAUCCUGGGCAGCCCUAAAAUGCUCAGCGCCAUUGGUCCCUGGAAAACGCAGACAAUCACAGCCAUGGAUCUACAGAAAUCCGGAGAAGUCCUAAUGAAGGUAUACUUCUACCCUCAAGUCAAGUCAAGGGCCACUGGGAUUGCCGAGGAAAAGCUGCUCUUUGAUGCCAUGUACAAGGCGGAUCCAGAGGGCAGGCUGAGCAACCAAUUCUCCAAUAUGAAAGGGUACUUGGCCAUAAGAAACAGUAAUAGCACGCAUUCCUGUUCGAAGUUGGAUGGUCAUGGCCACAAUAAGGAUCAGACCACGUCGUUCUUUGCCUACCUUCUUGCCUGCGACUUGGUUGAGCCAAGCAAGUCGCGGAUAAAGUUCUACACCGCUGAGCUGCAGGUUGAUUUGGACACAGUCGCAGACGUCUGGACAUUCGGUGGAAGGCGAACAGAUCCCCAGACGCUCGCUGGACUGGAGCUCUUGAAGCUGCUUUGGCGGCUGCUCCCAAUCCGCGAAGGGUUCCGUCCUCCGCCAGAGGGGUUUUCAGAGAUAGGAAAGCCCGCAAAAGAAACCCGGAUUCCCCUGAUGUUCCACUUCGACAUGGUCGAGGCCCACGAAUUCCCAGAGCCCCAGGUGUACAUACCUCUCUUUGGUGAGGAUGAUUUAGCCAUUGUUGAUGGCUUAACAACUUUCUUUCGGCACGUUGGAUGGGAGUCUAUGGCAGAACACUAUAAGUCCAAUUUCCUCUCCUAUUAUGGGGAAACGGACCUUACUGGCGUGGCACACAUCUGCUCAUGGCUGUCCUUUUCUUACAAAAAUGGCACUCCGUAUAUCAGCGCCUAUAACCACAGUUUUACGAAGAUGUGGCAGGCCAAUGAAGCGGACGAAUAG